AUGUUGAAUGUGGCAACACGUGGCUUGUCGAAGAGCAACACUGUUGACAAGGUUGGAGAGGUUGGGCAUUGCUGGAUGCCAAGGGUGUGGUCUUUGGUCAGAUUUGACAAUGGUGGAUGGCAGCAGCGCCGCAACAGUUUUCAAGGAGGAUACCAUAUCUUUGAUGUUAUAUUAAGAUUCAUGGAUCAUCCUAAGAGUUACAAUAUUGAAGAGCUCACUGGAAAUGAAUCCAAAGUUAUUGAAAUGGAUUUGAUGCUUGGUGUUGCGGAUCUUAAUACGCCUGAGGCUGUGGCUGCUGCUGAAUCAGCAAUUUCCAGUUGUCAGCCUGCGAUUUCAUUGGCCGCUGAUGGCAAAGACACAGACACAGAUUCAGAUGAAAGCAGUGCUGAAGAUGAUAACGAGGAUGAUGGAAUCAGAAGUGGUGAUGCUGAAAAUGAUGGUAGAAAGCCUUCAUCUCUUGAUGAUGAAAAAUGAAAGGGAAAUCAUAAUUCCAAAAAACGAGCAAGGAUAGUUGAGCUUUCCUGAACUCGAUGGUGUGUGGUAACUGGUAAGGGGUUAUGAGAACUAAAUGCAUGAG